AAGACGAGAAAGCGAUGGCCCUAAUCAGCCACCACAGCUGACAGCUUUGCUACAAAUUAAGCGAGUUCCUUCCUACUCGAUUCAGAUAGGCGACUGGUAUUCACUGACGUCGCGGUGAGAGAGCGAGAGAAUGAUAGGUUGAAUCGGACGUUGGUGAGACAUAAUUUAUGAGCCCAAAUCCUCACCAGCGAAAGAUUGUGAAGCCUACAGUCGAGAUUAUGUAGACAUUGUCUGCUUCCGACUGCCUCGUUUGUAAAAUCGCCGAUAACAACGAAAGCUCCGUUAUAACAACGGACAGGAUUGUGCAGUGCUGUGGCUGAGUCAAUAUGAUUUGGGUCAACAUCCACGAGCUGGCCUCCCGGCUGUGAACGGACAUAUACACAUGGCUAUCUCGACGCUAGUGGCGAAAAUGGAGGACACUUCAGCGACGUGAUAAAGGAACAUGCUUAAAAAGAUGAUGUGGGUCUCUGGAAGGAGGAUCAGUGUGUCCAAGUGCCUGCGACUUUUUCUCCUGCUGGUCUGUUUCUCUACCCUGUCAUUCUUCUUGUACGGCCACGAUGUCUUGAUAUUUUUGGGGCUGAGGUCCGUGACACAGCUGGAAUUACAUGGAGGGACCCGUCCAUGAGGAACAUUUUGAUGAAUGACACAGUUUCCCAAGACCUACAGAAACAAGUUCGUAUUCUUUGUCUUGUGCCAACAACUGUGAAGAACGAAGAUUCCAAAGUGUAUGCAGUGAAUGCGACAUGGGGAUCGCGAUGCAACAAGCUGCUGUUCGUGUUUACAUAUCACCAUUCCAAGUACCCUCACAUAUCGCUCAACAUUUCGGAUGGCCGGUCACACCUCACUGCCAAAACCAUGCAAGCUCUGAAAGAAGCAUACAAACAGUAUGGAGACUCUUACGACUGGAUUUUAAAAGCAGACGAUGACAGUUUCAUUAUCAUGGAAAACCUACGUUUUCUUUUAUCCAAAUUUGACCCAAAUAAUCCAGUAUACAUUGGAUACCAUUUCAAGGUGCUUGCUCACAAUGGCUACAUGAGUGGAGGUGGUAGCUAUGUGUUGAGUAAGGCAGCGUUGCGGAUGGUGGUUGAGAAAGGUUUCAGCGGAGGAUGCGCUACUGAUGGAGGUGAUGAAGAUGUGGAUGUUGGACGCUGUAUGGAAAAGUUGGGCAUCAAAGCCUAUGUAUCAUAUGACAAGUUUGGCAGAGACGCGUUUCAUCCUCAAAGCAUGGAACAGCAUCUGAUUGGCCCGUUACCUUGGUAUCUCAAGGAUUAUCCGGCAUCACCGAUUCAAGCAGGUCCGGAGUGCUGCAGCCAGUUCUCCAUCAGCUUCCACUACGUCUCCUCACACAUGAUGUACAUCAUCAACUUCCUCCUCUACAGGGUCUCUGUCUACGGUGUCAGUGACUUGCCAGCAGACCAACUUCAGGAUAUUUUCACAAAGAAGAUCUCCUACAUAAAACACCAAAGUAAAGACGAGGUGUUUCCAAUACAUAAAUAUUUUGGUGCUCCUAACUUUGUACCCCAGGAGCAUCCAGAAUACAACCACCGAUGGACAUGAUCAACACCAGCCCCCUUCCGCAAACAAAACAAAUUUCAGAAUAAGUUCGGGGCGGUGUUGUAGCACAGUGGUUGAAGUGUAUGCUCGUCUAGCUGUAGGCCCGGGUUCGAUCCCCCACAUGGGUACAAUGUGUGAAGCCCAUUUCUGGUGUCCCCCACCUCUGGGUGUGUGGGUGGGUUUGUGAGUGA